AAGCCGAUGGGCCUUCGAAGUAACGAAACGGGGGGAGUGGAAGAUUGCAUGCCGAACGUCGCUCCCACCCGUCCGAUUCCGAUCCGACGGCCCCGAUCUCGCACGUCGGAAGAGGGCGCCUCCAUGGAACUCCUCGUCUUCUUGCUCCCAUGACCCUGGCAUGAUUUCCGGGGACGUCUCUUCAAGCAAUCACUGUCCUCCACUACUCGCCUACUUAAACCGUAGAACCCCCUCGUUCGAUCCCCCGUGCUCUGGAUCCUACCAUCACCCCUUCUCCUUUGAUUUCUUCCUCAAUAGAUUGUUUUCCUGCUUUUCUGAUCGGAAAUCGGUUGGUUCAGACUCUGGGAUUGAAGGGAGUGUGGGCACAAUGGGUCAUCAAGCAUCAUCUUCCAUUGCUGUUAUUUAUUCUCUAUUUAUACUGUGCGCUAUUCAGCAUUGCAUUGCUUAUGCAUUAAAGGCAAACCGGACUGCACUUCUGACAGUUGAUGCUUCACAGCAAUUGGGUCAAAAGAUCCCAGACACUCUGUUUGGUAUCUUUUUUGAGGAGAUCAACCAUGCAGGAGCUGGUGGAUUAUGGGCAGAACUUGUAAGCAAUAGAGGUUUUGAAGCCGGAGGCCCUAACACUCCUUCAAACAUUGAUCCGUGGUCCAUAAUUGGGAAUGAAUCUUUGAUAUUUGUGUCAACUGACCGUACAUCUUGUUUUGAACGUAAUAAGGUUGCACUUAGGAUGGAGGUACUUUGUGACAGCAACGGAUCUAUUGUCUGUCCACCUGAUGGUGUUGGCAUAUAUAACCCUGGGUAUUGGGGCAUGAAUAUAGAACAAGGGAAGACCUACAAAGUGAUAUUGCAUGUCAGAUCAUCUGAAUCAGUGAAUUUUUCUGUCUCAUUGACAAGCUCAGAUGGAUUGCAAAAACUGGCUUCUACCAAUAGGCUAGCUGCUGCUUCCGAUAUGUCAAACUGGACAAAGAUGGAGUUUCUGUUGCAGUCUGAAGGAACUAAUAGUAACUCAAGACUUCAAUUGACAACUACCAAAAAGGGUGUUAUUUGGUUUGAUCAAGUUUCAGUCAUGCCCUUGGAUACAUACAAGGGACAUGGGUUCCGGAAGGAACUUGCCUCCAUGCUUGAAGACUUGAAACCUCGGUAUAUGAGAUUUCCUGGAGGUUGUUUUGUUGAAGGUGAAUGGCUAAGAAAUGCAUUCCGAUGGAGAGCAACCAUUGGAUCAUGGGAAGAGAGGCCUGGGCACUUUGGUGAUGUUUGGAUGUAUUGGACUGAUGAUGGGCUUGGAUACUUAGAAUAUCUUCAGCUUGCGGAAGAUCUAGGUGCCUUCCCGAUUUGGGUGAUCAAUAAUGGAAUUAGUCACAAUGACGAAGUUGAUACCACUGACAUCUCACCUUUCAUUCAGGAAAUUCUCGAUAGUAUUGAGUUUGCUAGGGGAAGUCCUAAUUCAACAUGGGGCUCUGCUCGAGCAGCAAUGGGACACCCAGAACCUUUUCAAUUGAAUUAUAUAGCAAUUGGGAAUGAAGAUUGCGGCAAGAAAUUUUAUCGAGGGAACUAUCUGAAGUUCUAUUGGGCAAUAAAAGCAGCCUAUCCAGAUAUUAACAUUAUUUCAAACUGCGAUGGGUCAUCUCAACAAUUGGAUCAUCCUGCUGAUUUAUAUGACUUUCAUGUUUAUACCUCUGCUCGCAGUUUGUUUUCAAUGCAUAGACAAUUUGACCGCACAUCACGCACUGGCCCCAAGGUUUUUGUUAGCGAAUAUGCUGUGACUGGAUCAGAUGCUGGCACAGGAAGCCUUUUAGCUGCAUUAGCAGAAGCUGCAUUCCUCAUUGGGUUGGAAAGAAAUAGUGAUGUUGUUCACAUGGCAAGUUAUGCACCACUUUUUGUUAAUGCCAAUGAUCGCAGGUGGAACCCAGAUGCUAUUGUUUUCAACUCAUGGCAGCAGUAUGGAACUCCUAGCUAUUGGGUGCAACAUUUGUUCCAGGAAUCAAGUGGUGCAACCCUUCAUUCUACCACAAUUCAAGCUAAUGCCUCGAAUUCAUUGGUUGCUUCUGCAAUUACGUGGCAGAGUUCCGUAGACAACAGCAAGUACUUAAAAAUAAAGAUUGUCAACUUUGGGAAUGAUAUUGUGAAUCUUAAGAUCUCUGUGGUUGGAGUGCAAACUGCUGUCAACUCAGUUGGAUCGACAAAGACUGUACUCACAUCAAGUAAUCUGAUGGAUGAAAAUUCUUUCAAGGAACCAAACAAGGUCACGCCAAUGCAGACUUCGCUACGUAAUGCAGGAACACAGAUGGAUGUGGUAAUUUCUCCAUAUUCUGUCACCUCAUUUGAUCUAUCACUUGCUCAGGAAGAGUACAGGUCUGCAAUUUGAAAUGACAGUAAAAGGGAAAAAGACGAGGCGAAAAAGAGAAUGAAAUGGCCGAAAGAAAAAGAAGGGUUUGUUCUGUCUAUAUGAACUACAUGCAUUGGGAAAGUUAGAGAGCCAAUCAAUUAAUUUGGUUCUGACAUCUCAUCUAUGAUGAUAAAUAGCAUUAUGCAAGUGUUCGAUAUAUAUCCAUAUUGUGCUUUCUCUUGCCUGCUUUAUUAAUUCUUCUUUACAAAGUUGAACUAUGAA